AUUGAUACUGCGUACGGAUUUACGGUCGGUGUAGGAGAAGAUUCGGUUGCGUUCCUUUCCAUUCGUCUGCGUUCCGCGUAGUGCAUCGGAUGUGUGGCAGGCGUACAGCCAGCAGUCAGUGUGGACAAACCGUUGCUGCAGUUUGUUCCUACACAAACUGUAUACCGGCUAAUUAGUGCUGUAUAUGUUUGUACAAAGUGGACCGUCUGCCCAGGAGCUGGAAAAAAACCGUGAGUUGGGUAGCGGCACAGCAGUUGCAGUGCAGAUCUCGAUCAGUGUGGACGUGAUUUUCGUCGGUUCCGAGUGGCGACCGAAUAACGUGUGACUUAAUCUAGAGCCAGGGAUUUCAAGUCUUGUGUUGUGCGUGCGUGCGGGGAAGUGACUUUCGAAAGUGACCUGCACUAUUAGGAGGUCCUGAGACUGUUUUGUUUUGUGAUGAAACAGUGCCGAUGAGAUGAUUCAACCAGCUUCUGCAGAUGCUGCUGCAUUGGGCGGGAGGACAACGACAUCUCAGCAUCUACCAGAAGGACACGCUCGGCACGGCAUCGGCGGCAGCACGGAAAUGCAAUUAACGAAGAAUUUGGUGCAAAUAAAGUGAAAACGUGUGUCGUUCAGUUGAUUUAUGGGAUUUGCAUUUUGUGCGAGGGCUGCCGCCGGCCUGGGAAGAUUUCGGCUUUAUUACGCCUGAAUACAAAUUUAAAGCGAUAAAAAAGAAGUGGCCAAUCAAGCUGACUUAACAGCGAGCGUGUGCUGAUUUCGGAGAAUACUCGAGGAAAAGUGGAAUACAUACUUGUAGAUCGAGCCGUGUUGAGGUUUUGCUGGCACGAAAAAAAGAUUGACGAUUUUUUUUGCGCGUUCCCGAGCAUGUGAAGAUUAAUUCAAUCGAGGUUUUGAUUGUGCCAUACUGCUGAACCGUCCACCGUGACUAGAUAUUCAAGAUGUUGACCACCUCCGGUGUCGUAAAGUUGAUCCUAAUUCAUCACCUGCUUGGUGCCUCAUCAACUCUGGCAACCAGUAACGGAAGUGUGCCGCUCAGUCGAAGACACACGGACAACCUGCUGAUAGCCCGAUGUCGUUCCAAAUGUACGAACACAUUCGACAAAAAGACUAUGUGCGAGAGCAGCUGCAUCCGCGACUAUCUUGGUAACCCAACGUACAAAAAAUUCGGAGACUGCCCAAAGGACCCACUGAACCGAUUAGAAGCAAUUUGCCUCAAUACAUGUCAGAGCACUGAUUACCACUGUCCUGGGGUGGAGAAAUGCUGUUCUCAUUCUUGCGGCAUGAGUUGCCAAGCCCCGGUAGGUUUGGACAAGGUGUCUGGUUUACCGCCAGUUCCUUCCCAUGUCAGUUUACGGGAGGCUGGGCGAAGCUUCCGAAUGGCUGAAAUACAGUGGGAUAUCUCACUGGAAGAAGAAUCCAGCGCAGUCUACUUUGUGGUAGAAUCUCGACAUCACAUUGGUGUUAGCUUCGCGGAGCGGAAGUUAGAGGACGACUGGCAAUACCACAUGCCGACUGUAAUCUAUGAAGUGGCCAGACCGGCUAGUCAGAAGCGUUACAUUGGAGAAAUGAAGCUUAAACCCGGCCGCUGGUAUCAGGUUCGGGUUGCAGCGGUCAACGAACUCGGUACCAAAGGCUACUCAACAGUCUCGAAGGAGUUUCAGCUGAGUAAAACAGGACCGAAUCCACCGCAGCCCCCGAAGAAUCUCACAUUAGGACCAUUGACACCGAACGCCAAUGGAACAUAUAAUAGGAAAAUCUCGUGGAUGCUUCCGCGAUCUGAUCUUCCGGUGGAAAAGUACAAAAUUAGCUGGAGUUUGUAUUUAAAUGCAACCAGCGGCGCUCGAAUGGGAAAUUCAUCAUUAUUCAAAGAAACGGCGACCAUAUCGGCGCCUGCGAGACAUUUCGAGAUUAAAGGACUACAACCGAACAGUAUUUACUAUCUGCAGAUACACGCAAUUAGUGUGUACGGCAAGAGACGCAUGAAGUCGCAGGCCUGUAACGAACUAAUGGUGACCUCUGUAGACGCUAACGAAAGUAUUAAGCUGCCCAGCAUGGACAAUAUGCUAAUGAAUGAUGCAAGCUACCACCGCCGAACAAAAUCUGGCUUGUCUGCGCAGGGGCUUCACUAUAAAUUCGUACCGCGCAAAACAGGCCUAGCGGUGCGAUUAACUUGGUCCGGAAAGAGCACUACCGGUCGCUUUCGGUUGCAUCUGUGCAGAGGAACACGUGAUUGUCUCACUAAGCCGAUGAGUGCCAACUCUCACGAUGUGGUUGUUAAGCAGAAAACAUCGUAUGAAUUCCCAAGGCUUGAGUAUGACACCAAAUACACAGUCGGUCUUAGGCACAGUCGGAGGCGCCCCGUUGCACCCAUCGCUAGCCCGAAGAACCGUAUUCAGCGGCAGGCUAAAACUCAUACGGGAGCCGCGGAAUACGACAACGUCAGAACUUUUGUUACACCAAAGUGUGACCGUUUCCAGAAGGAGCAUCCUGAUCACCAGAUUGAAUGCUCCGCUUGAUAAAAAAACAUAUCUAGUAUGCAACUCCCCACUAAAUCCAACCCAGAUCACAACUGUAGUGUGAAUUACGAAUGCAGCCAUAGCUUGUCUCUUUGUUGUCCUGAUGGCUGCUAGUGGACGGACUUUCUUAUGUUUCCUGUUCGUAUGUUUAAUUAGCUUAUUUUGUUAUUUUUACGCUGUGCUGCCAUUUUUUAUUGCAAUAAUAGAAAAGAGUUAACUAAAUGAAAACAAAGACAAAGCAACUUUACAAAUAAAGACAACCUGCAUUUCGCGUAGAUGAUGAA